AUGAGAUUGGAUCUGGAAUCAGGAGGCAGCAAAUGUAUCUCCGAUGAAAUCAAAUUAAAUUCUAUGACUGUUGGAACUUACCACAUCGUCAAUCCCAACGAAACCAUUCAUCUUCCUCCUUCACACAAAUUAUCUGUCACUGUAACGUCACCUAAAGGACACAGCCAUCAUCAUGCUGAAAAUGUGGAAUCCGGGAAAUUCGUGUUUACGGCGGACGAAACCGGCGAUUACAUGACGUGUUUUGUGGCUCCCGGUUAUAGACCUCCGGCAAAAUUCGCGGUUGAUUUCGAGUGGAAAAGUGGCGUAGAAGCUAAAGAUUGGGCCAACAUUGCCAAGAGAGGCCAUAUCAACAUGUUGGAGGUGGAGGUGAGGAAACUACUCGACGUGACGGAUACUAUACACGACGAAAUGUUUCAACUUCGGGAGAGGGAACGCGAAAUGUAUGAGUUAAACCGGUCGACGAACUCGAGAAUGGCGGCUUUAAGUUUAUUGUCGUUGGUGGUCACAUUGUCGGUCGCCAGUUUACAGCUAUGGCAUCUCAAGUCAUUCUUGGAGAGGAAGAAGCUUCUCUAA